CGACAAUGAAGGUCCGCACUUCUUCGAGAUAACACGCAUACCCAGCCAGCAUCGGCAGGCCCAUGAAGGUAGGAGCCUACGAUGAGGACGGUGCUGCUCCUCGGCCGCCUCUGCGUGCGUCCGCAAUGCGUCAGCAUCCCGCGCGUGGUUCCGUCGACACGGCAUCGCAUCGUCACCUCGACGCGUCCGCGCACAGGGCGGUUUCGUGUGCCUCAACCUCCGCCCGGCGUACGGCGGCUUUUGUUCGCCGGGGCGACGCUGGGCCCGGCCGCGUUUGUGUCGCUGAGCGAGAGAGGUGACAAUGGCGACGGGAAGACGGGCGAGCAGCAGAUGCUCGAGGCGUCGCGCAAGGAGCUUGACGAACAUGUGCCCAAGCGACUGGAGAACUCGAAGCGGAUCAGAAGAGGAAUCUACUUCUUCGUGGACGACUGGAUCGUCGAGCCCAUCGCCACCGGACUCCGCUUCCUGCACCUCAUCAUCAUCUUCGUGCCCGUCAUCGUGACGAUCCCAGCCAUCUGGAUCGGAAAGAGACAGAAGGACAGGUCAGACGAGAGAAGCGGCACGCUAUGGUGGUAUGGCUAUCUCGUGUGGUCCAUGGAGAGAGCCGGUGCCGCCUUCAUCAAGCUAGGACAAUGGGCAGCAUCAAGAACGGACAUUUUUCCCACCGAACUGUGUGCCAUCAUGUCCUCCUUGCACUCGAACGCCCCUGCGCAUCCUCUUUCGCAUACCAAGAAGACGAUCGAGGCCGCUUUCGACGGGCGCAAGUUCGAGGACAUCUUCGACGAGUUCGACGAGAAACCGCUCGGUGUCGGCGCGAUAGCGCAGGUGUACAAAGCCAGGCUCAAGCCGGAUCUGGCGGUGCCGGGAGACGUCGACAUCCAGGAGCCGGAAUCCUACACGCGAAAGAUUCGGAAAAAUGUAGACGCGACGUUGAAGAGCAGCCCUGCCAGAGUGCCGUCGUCUUACGUAGCGGUCAAAGUCCUGCAUCCGAGGAUCGAAAAGAUAGUCGGCCGUGACCUAAAGAUCAUGGGCUUCUUCGCCGCCCUCAUCAACAUCAUACCCACCAUGGAAUGGCUGUCUUUCCCGGACGAAGUCAAGCAGUUUGGUGAGAUGAUGAGGCUGCAACUCGACCUUCGCAUCGAAGCGGCAAACCUGACGAUUUUCCGCAAGCACUUUGCUCAUCGCACAACGGCGUGGUUCCCCUACCCGUACACGGACUACACUACUCGGCAGGUGCUUGUCGAAGAAUUCGCCACCGGAAUCCCGCUCGAAGAUUUUCUCGCAAACGGGGGUGGUGUCUUUCAAAAAGAGAUAGCAAACGAAGGCCUGGAUGCGUUCUUGCACAUGGUCCUCAUCGACAACUUCAUCCACGCCGACCUGCAUCCAGGCAACAUCAUGGUCCGAUUCUACAAACCCCAGCAGGUCGAAGUCCCCAGCUGGACCUCGCGCUCCAAGAAAUCCCCCAAGGAGGCCAUCGCAAAUUCCGUCGACGUGACCGAGGAAGUGCUCAAGCGUCUGCGGCCGCUUCGCAACCAGAAGGAGGCGUGGGAAGCCCAACUCAACCAGCUCGACAGGGAGGGCUACAGACCCCAGCUGAUCUUCAUCGACACGGGUUUGGUCACUGAACUGAACGCGGUCAACAGGAAGAACUUCCUGGAUCUGUUCAAGGCCGUCGCCGAAUUCGACGGCUACAAGGCGGGGCAUCUGAUGGUCGAACGAUGUCGGCAGCCCGAAGCUGUCCUGGACGCCGAAGUCUUCGCGUUGCGCAUGCAGCAUCUCGUUCUAGGCGUGAAGUCGCGGACGUUCGCGCUGGGCAACAUCAAGAUCGGCGACAUCCUCAACCAGGUCAUGAGCAUGGUCCGGAAGCAUCACGUUCGUCUGGAGGGCGACUUCGUCAACGUCGUGCUUUCCAUCCUGCUGCUCGAAGGCAUCGGUCGGAGUCUGAAUCCAGACUUGGACCUGUUCGCUGGCGCGUUGCCGAUUCUUAGACAGCUGGGCGCGAAGGGCUCCACGGUAGACAUGAUCAAGAGCGGCGACUUCAGCAUGCUAAAGAUCUGGGCGGGGCUGGAAGCGAGAAGCUUCUUGCAGGCGAGCGUGGAGAGCGUGGAGAAUUGUGUCAAGUACGAUCUAUUGUCACCUAAUGUGUAGAAAAGGUCGUGUACGGUCAUGGCCAAAAGUUAUAAACACGCGCAAGGGGCUCGCAAUGCAGAAACAUCGACAGCAGAGAAACACAAUUUUUUUUUUUCCUUUUAAGCUCACGUCCAGGUUCGCUGCGCCAUUCCUCUUAAUGUCCUAAAGUUGGUAGAGGUUGACGUCUUGACCGCUACGGUCUGCCUCCUCUCGGAGUUUGGCGUUCGCCCGUCUCAGAUCCCACUUCAUGAACAGACACGUCGACACGCUGAGCGCGGAGAAGCCCAUCAUCAACAGCAUUGCCAGAAUGUAUCGAUCCGCGUCUUGGGGGCGAAAGAAGUACGGCGACCAGAUGUUGCCGAAUUGAGAAAUAAUGUUCACGAUAGCCGUGGCACACGCACGUUUCGCGGCCGUUUCGUUCAGCGUCGCUGAUGCCCAUGUAUACACGAUUGCGUUGGAGCCAAAGCAACCGCCGAUGUAGAGGAACGAGGCGAAGUACCGCGCGGGUACGUUCAGGGUAGCGACGGUGACGAUGUAGCCGGCAAUGGCACCGCAGAGUGGAAUAGAGAUGUGCCAGCCGCGCUCUUUAUUGCGAUCCGAGCUGAAGGCCACAGCGAAAGAGAUAAGCGCGCCGAUGAGGUACAGUGGAGCAGUACAAACUAGAGUGAUGGUUCUUGAGCCCAGGCCGAAACCUUUGACGAUGGUAGGGUAGAAAUUGACGAAGCCGUACGCUGAAUGGUUGCUGCAGAGCAUAAGGGACUUUUUGUUCGUCAGCGAAGCGGCGGACUAUAUCCUGCAUGACGCGACUCACGAAGACCCAUGUGCGAUAGUCUUUGAUAGCUAGCCACAGGCCGUGUCUUACUGACUGCUUGUCUACCGGGGCCGUGACCCUGUCCCGCGCAAUUCGGUCGAUGGCAAGCUUCUUCUCCUCUUCGCUAAACAGCCAUUGGCCUGCGCCACUGCGAGACUCCGGGAAGUCAACGCAGAUCCACAUGGCGACGAAGGCACACGCAAAUGACGCGGCGGACUCAAUGAUGAACAGCCAUCGCCAUCCCUCGAGUCCGUGAACACCGUCGAGGCCAGCGAAGACUCCGGCAGCGAUGAGACCAGAGAAUGCCGUGGCAAGAACGAGACCCGAGUAUAAAAUUGCAGUGCGAAGGGCGAGUUCCUUUCGCGUGUACCAAGCACUGAGCAUGUAGAAGGCACCCGGCCAGAAUGGCGCCUCGACGACACCAAGGAAAAAUCGCACGGCGACCAACCCGGAGUAAUUGUUUGUGCCAGCCGUGGCUGCUGACACGCAAGACCACAGCAUAGCACAGGCUGGAAUGUAAAUCGAGGGGCGAACCUUUGUCAAAAUCAUGUUAGACGGAAGUUGCAUGAGCACAUAGCCAACGUUGAGGAUCGAGACUGCAACGUUGAACUGGUUGCCCUUGAGGCCAAGAUCCUUGUCGAGGUUGCCGAGUUUAGCCUGCCUGCACAUCUCUGUUGGUUCAAAUAGUUCCACGGCCGUAGGUGAGACUUACGCGAUGUUGUUGCGGUCAAGAUAGUUGAAAAAGUAAAGAAUCCACACAAUUGGCAUCAAGGUCUUCACUCGAGUCAGGGCAAUUGACAAGCACGGAUUUGAUAAUAUCGUACCGCGUCCAGCUUACGGACGAGCUUUCUCUCCAAACUUCUUUGCAACUCAUCGUCGAGUGUACUUGCGGAUUCAACCUUGACGCUCUCGGACAGCUCGAUCCUCUCUUUCUCAACCAUCGAGUCGCCGAUAGCCAUCGCUGCGAGGCUUUUACGGGGCCAGGGAGUCUUUCAAAAGGUGGUGUUGACAGCAGAGGAACAAACUCAGGACCUAAGAAAAUCCUCGUCGUCGUUUCUGAGCGCAGUGAUGGCUGUUGCGACGGCGCCUGCAUGACCAUAUAUACCCACAGCUUUGUGGUGCGCUGGAGAUGGACGCCAUCGUUGUUGCUGGCUGGUAUGAUCAGGAGCCUCCCGGUUUGUGGAGAUUCUUACAUCUGGGGAACCGGAGUCUUCCUGCGGGGACACAGGAAUCCUCCGCAAGCUAAAUUAUCGGACCGACACGUGCCUGCACUUGGUCUGCUCCUCUCUUUGGAUCCCCGGAUUUCCACCACACCCCCAAAACUGGGAAAAAGAUUGGGCCAGCUUGACGUGCGCAAUCUCGACGCAAGAGCGUCAUUCUCUCCAACCGUUCGCAUUCAACAUGAAAAUGCAAUCUCGAUCUUCCAGAAUCCAAGCUCCGACCAGCCGAGCUGACAGGAUGGUCAAACGGGAGUGAAUCUGCGCUUUGAGAUGUCGAGGUCGGCUGCACAAACAAAAGACACUCGAGACAUUGUUUGAAAACACGAUCAAAUGAGCACAGUGACCGCUGUGGAAGGACUACUUUGUAUUUGAACCUGUCGACUCUCUUCACUUUACGAUACUCCAUCCCUUGUAUUUGAGAUUCUCGGUGUGCUUUCCUGUGGGUUUUGAUAGCGCUGUAUUCUAGGACAAAUUUUGAUCGAUUUGAGUUUGCAGCCGUUCCACCUUGAGGUGAGUAGCUCUUACGAGGAUAAAGUAUCGAGGUUUAUAUAGAUGUGUUACACACGUGAUAGUUUGUGACCGCAAUGCUACUGCGUGUUCUGCU